CGGAAAAAGUAUGUUUUUAAUUUCAGUUUCAGUUCGGCGCUGGAGCGAUACAGUACGCAGCUCGUGGAUCGUAGAUACAUUCCAAUUUAGCCAAUCGAUCGGUUCGUGCAUGGUGAUCUAGUCUAUCCAAAAUGAACAAGAACCUCGGCUUUGUGGAACGCUUGCGCUGGCGCCUCAAAACCGUCGAACACAAAAUCCAGCAAUAUCGCUCGACCACCAACGAGACUGUAGUUGCCGAAACUGAAUAUGGCAAAGUCCGUGGUGUGAAGCGCCUGUCCCUCUACGAUGUGCCCUACUUCAGUUUCGAGGGCAUCCCCUAUGCCCAGCCCCCAGUUGGUGAGCUGCGGUUUCGGGCGCCCCAAAGACCCACUCCCUGGGAGGGUGUGAGAGAUUGUAGCCAGCCCAAGGACAAGGCGGUACAGGUGCAGUUUGUUUUCGAUAAGGUCGAAGGCUCCGAGGACUGUCUCUAUCUGAAUGUCUACACGAACAAUGUUAAACCCGAUAAGCCACGACCUGUUUUGGUCUGGAUUCAUGGAGGAGGCUUCAUUAUUGGCGAGGCUAAUAGGGAAUGGUACGGCCCGGAUUAUUUCAUAAAAGAAGAUGUGGUAUUAGUUACCAUACAAUAUCGUCUUGGUGCUUUGGGUUUUCUAAGUCUUAAGUCACCGGAGUUAAAUGUCCCUGGCAAUGCAGGACUAAAGGAUCAGGUGCUGGCUCUUAAGUGGAUCAAGAACAAUUGCGCCAGCUUUGGUGGCGAUCCCAAUUGUAUAACAGUUUUUGGAGAAAGUGCUGGUGGGGCCUCCACCCAUUACAUGAUGAUAACCGAGCAGACCCAAGGACUCUUCCACCGUGGUAUUCUCCAGUCGGGCAGUGCCAUCUGUCCAUGGGCCUACAACGGUGACAUUACCCACAAUCCAUACAGGAUAGCCAAGUUGGCGGGCUACAAGGGCGAGGACAAUGACAAGGAUGUACUUGAAUUUUUGCAGAACAUAAAAGCCAAGGAUCUCAUUCGCGUAGAGGAGAAUGUCCUGACGUUGGAGGAUCGAAUGAACAAAAUUAUGUUCGCCUUUGGUCCAUCUUUGGAACCAUUCUCAACGCCAGAAUGUGUUAUUCCCAAACAUCCAAAGGAAAUGAUGAAGACCGCCUGGAGCAAUUCCAUUCCCAUGAUGAUUGGUAAUACUUCCUACGAAGGUUUACUGUGGGUGCCAGAGAUUAAAAUGGUGCCACAGGUAGUGCAGCAGGUGGACGCUGGCGUUCCCUUUAUCCCACGAGAACUAUUGGCCACAGAUCCUGGAAAAGAUAAGCUUGAGGCUUGGGGAGCCAAGCUACGCGACGCUCAUCGAACAGGCACAGAAGCCACACCCGAUAACUACAUGGAUAUUUGUUCUAUUAACUAUUUUGUUUUUCCGGCUAUACGAGUGGUACAUUCUCGCCACGCCCACGCCGCCGGAGCUCCCGUAUAUUUCUACCGUUUCGAUUUCGACUCCGAGGAGAUCAUUUUUCCAUAUCGCAUUAUGCGCAUGGGACGUGGCGUCAAAGGGGUCAGUCAUGCCGAUGAUUUGGGCUAUGAGUUUCCCAGCCUAUUGGCCAGACGAUUGCCAAAGGACAGUCGCGAGUAUCGAACCAUUGAGCGGACUGUGGGAAUUUGGACUCAGUUUGCGGCCACCGGGAAUCCAUACAGUGAGAAAAUAAACGGCAUGGACACUCUAACCUGGGAUCCAGUUCGCAAGUCCGAUCCGGUAUUCAAGUGCCUUAACAUAAGCGAUGAUCUGAAAUUCAUUGACUUGCCGGAGUGGCCUAAGCUGAAGGUCUGGCAGAGUCUCUUCGAUGGCAACAAGGACUUGCUAUUCUAAGACACCAAAAAGAUAAGCUGAGCAAAAUAAUUAUGAAAAUAGCAAUUGUACAUACAUAUAUAGGACAAAAUGCUUUAUAAAAUAUAUUUUAUAACUUUUUACUCACUUUUUGUUAAGGGGAAUCUGUCAUCAAAAUAGAA